CCAAGACUGAAGCCACACGUUCCCUUAAGGCACAAUCUCUCUUGAAAUCUCUCCAUAUCUUUUAACCUCUCUAAAAAUCUCUAUACAUUUCUCCAUCCUCCAAUACAUUUAUCUCCAUACUCUGUUAAACUUCAUCCUUCAUCGGCAGCUUGUCUUCAGAACGUGGAGUCAUGAGAUAAGAUCUAUCAGAACAUCAAUACGUGUCUCUCUUAUUUGUGUCCAUCAAGCAGAUACAUGAUCAGAUCAAUCAUGACUGCCUGAGAGCUGACUUCUAAACCAGACAGUGACAGUAGCUGUAGGACAAUAUUGAUAACCACACAACAAGGCCAGGCUGUCAGUCAGCCAUUCAGCCAGCCUGUCAGUCAGCCAUUCAGCCAGCCUGUCAGUCAGCCAUUCAGCCUGUCGGUCAUUCAGCCUGUCGGCAAGAUUGUCUGUCAGCCAGUCAGAAAGCCAGCCAUACUGGCCAGUUACAGUUAGCAAUGACGAUAACUUACUCGCGAAGGGUUGCUGACGCAGGCCUGGGCACCUUCUCCCAUCUACUACUCCGAUGGAAAGGAAGCAUCUACAAACUGCUCUGGAGGGAACUCAUCAUCUUCACUGCACUGUACUACUCCUUCAGCAUAAUCUACAGGUUUGUGUUGUCGGAUGCUCAGAAAAGGCUGUUUGAGAAGCUGGCCAUCUACUGUGACCGCUAUGCAGAACUCAUCCCUGUCUCCUUUGUAUUGGGGUUCUAUGUGACCCUGGUGGUCUCACGGUGGUGGGGCCAGUAUGAGAGUGUUCCAUGGCCCGACCGGCUUGGGGCGCUGGUGGGUGCUCACGUCCGUGGUGCUGAUGAGAGUGCCAGGCUGACUCGUCGGACCCUGAUGCGAUACGCUAACCUCUCUGGUGUACUCAUCUACCGAUCGGUCAGUACUGCAGUCUACAAGAGGUUCCCCACUAUGGACCACCUGGUGGAGGCAGGCCUGAUGACUGCCGAGGAAUACCGGCAGUUGGAGGAGCUGCCGUCUCCUCACAACAAGUUCUGGGUGCCGUGUAUGUGGUUUGUCAGCCUGGCCCUGAGGGCUCGCACAGAGGGCCGCAUCAACAAUGAUGUAGCUUUGUCGUCCAUUCUCAGUGAAUUAAAUUAUUUGCGGACACAGUGCAUGAAACUGUAUAGCUAUGACUGGAUAAGCCUGCCCCUUGUUUACACCCAGGUGGUGACGGUGGCGGUGUACAGCUUCUUCCUGGCAUGUCUGAUUGGUCGACAGUUCUUAGACCCCUCCCAGGGCUAUGCUGGUCAUGACAUCGACUUCUACUUGCCUGUCUUCACCCUGCUCCAGUUCUUCUUCUAUGUGGGCUGGCUCAAGGUGGCAGAACAACUGAUAAACCCAUUUGGGGAAGAUGAUGAUGACUUCGAAACCAACUAUCUAGUGGAUCGCAAUCUACAGGUGUCCCUGCUGUCUGUGGAUGAGAUGUAUGACGCCAUCCCAUUGGUAGAGAGGGAUAAAUACUGGAACGAAUCAGAGCCCCAGCCUCCGUAUACUGCAGCCAGUGCAGAGCAUCGCAAACCCUCCUUCAUGGGCUCUGCCCUGGACAUCAGUGUUCCCAAAGAGGAGAUGGAGUUCCAAUCCAACCUGGAGCAGAUCAAGGAGCACGAGGAGGCUAAUCACUCCACUCCUCUCCUGGGAGGUCUGAGUCGCCUCCUAGGGGUCCAGUCGCCAGCCUUCCCCCGUUCCUCCCCCUCCUCCAGGGUCUCCCUGCUGCGCCGGCGCCCUGGAGCUCCUUUCUCCCGCUUCCCCCUCUUCCUGCACCCUGAAGGGGAGCUCUCUACGCCGGGCCCCGUUCCCGGGUUUGGCCCGAGCCACACAGACUACGCCUUCACCUCCAUGCCACUGUACGAGAGGUCCGGCUUCUACAGUUGCCCCCAGACACCCAUCCACUGUGUCCCCCCCGCAGUGCCUCGGCUGCGGCCCGGCCGAGGAGCUCACCCCUUGGAACGUAGCAGCAGUUCCCUGGCCCCUCUUACGGUGGGUUCCGGAGCUCUGCCGCCCCCGGACACUCCGGGACCAAUGCCACAUCCGCCCUCCUCCGCCUUCCCCUGGCUGAGCGAGGGGGAGGGUCCCGGAGCUCCCGCCUUCUCCUUCCCCGACCCGGUCAACCCUCCGGAGCUCUGCCCCAUGUCGAAGCUCCGUCCUGGCCCCGGUCUGCUGUCUCGAAGGCCCCCGCCUCCACGCCUGUCUCUGGACACAGCAGGUCCGGCAGUAGGCGUGCAGCCCGGGCCUCUCAGCCCUCGGGGACCAGGAGGUGCAAUGGAGAGGGUGUUCUCCUUCACACCAGCAUCCAACACCGACCCCAACAACAGUUCCUCCUCCAGUGUUAACGCCGCAAAUCCAAACGCCACCGCUGCUGCCAGCUUCUGCAAUGGCACCGGCCACAACCACUUAUGUAGCCAUGCCAACCACUUAAGUAGCCAUGCCAACAGCGGCACUCAACGUGCGGGUGGCACCAAUGACACCAACGGUGGUCUGAGCAACAGCAUUGUGAACACUUCCGUUCCCACUUCCCCCUCCUCUCAACAAGCAGCCAAUCAUCAUCCAAACUCACCCAACGAUUCAGGGAUUUCAUUGGCUGACGGAGACCCUCAGUGGCCUGGAGCUCUGGUAUUGGGUAGUGGGAAGAACCAGGCCCCGGGGGGGCGGGAUCAGGACUGAGGACGCUGGGGGUACUCUGGGUUCAGAACUCUCCACGGUACAUACAUCUUUUGGGCCGGAAAAUUCCAUGCCUCCGUGCCAGCACUUCUGUUAUGAAGCCAUCCUUCCAAAUGGGAGCGACGCCUGUGUUCAGCUCUACGGCCAGUGGAAACACUGCUGGUGAAAUGUUUGUUGGAAUCCCACACAGGGAAGAAGCUCCUGAUAAGACAGUAAUUUUUCAUACUUUUCCAGCUAGUAAACCAGUACAAAAUCUACUGAAAGAAAAGAGAUACUGACGAAUCCUCAAAUCAAUCAUGAAACCCUUGAAAGACGUCCCACCUUUAUUCUGCCUCAAAGGUUUCCAAGACUGAAUUAUCGAACAAGCCUGGAACAGUAUUAGUUACUCCAGGGUGGUUUAGGGGAUUUGAGGAGCAAAUGUGAGAAUACAAGUCGACACAAACUGAUAGAGACCAGCAAAAAUUGUUUAAAUGCGGAAUCUCAAGAACUCUGGAUUAUUUUUGUAGACAAGGGUAUUUGAAACAUUAACUAAAAACAUUAACUGCAGCUGACAAUGCCUUCUGGUAAUUUUUGCUUGUACUCAUGCUAGUAGACAUUAUAUAUAUCGCUCCUUAAAUACAAAACUGUGAACUUUAAAAAGGGCAUUAAGGAGUUGGUUUGACGAGAAUCGGUAACAUCACUUGACUUUCCCCUUGUAUUAGGAACAAUAAACAAACCAUCUAUAUGUAUGUAGAAACAAUGUUUGGACCCUGACUUGCACUCCCUUCCCUAAAAUAGUACACUGUUUGACCAUGGGGCUCUGGAAAUCCAAAAUCCUCAAAACAAAGGAUUCCAGAUGACUCCAGAUUUUGUGGGAAGUCUUGUCCUGAAAGACAAUGUGUACUGUUAUAGUCUUUUUGAGGUUGUUCUCUCUGUAAUAAAUAUG